CCCGUUUUGAUUUAAAUAGUGGAAGAGUCAGUCAGUUUACACAGGCAUGUCGGUCAGAUCGUCAAAUUACUUGAGACACAAUUGACAAUUGGGUUUGACGAGGCUCGAAUUUAGGCUCACAGUGUAGUUUUAUGCACUAAUCUACUGAUAAAUACUUAUCUACAUGUCCGUAUCUAAAAACCACAAAGCCGCAAUUGAGUCGCGAUUUAUAAUUUAUCCUGUUAAUAAUCUUCGGCUAUUGAAAUCGUUACAUUUUCUUACAAAAUGAGCGUUUAAAAGAAUUUUUUCAGCAGGUCAAUAUAGCAAAAACUUCUGUUUACACGGCUUCAUUUAAACAAUCGGCAAUAUAUUAAAUGUACAAAAUGGAUUAUUACGAUGAUGAUUUUGAUAAGGAACACCCAAAAAACCUGAUACCAGAACUUUGUAGACAAUUUUAUAAACUUGGAUGGGUCACAGGAACUGGUGGAGGUAUAUCUAUAAAACAUGAGGACAAAAUAUACAUUACUCCAUCAGGAGUUCAAAAAGAACGAAUUCUGCCAAGUGAAAUGUUUGUUCAAGAUAUCGAAGGGAAAGAUCUAGAAUUACCUCCACCCGAAAAAAACUUAAAAAAAUCACAAUGCACUCCAUUAUUUAUGUCUGCUUAUACUUCUAGAAAUGCUGGUGCCGUUAUUCAUUCGCAUUCGAAAUUUGCUGUCAUGGUCACACUUCUUUGGCCUGGAAAUGAAUUUCGUAUUAAACAUUUGGAAAUGAUUAAAGGAAUACAUAAUCAAAAAUUAGGCAGAUCUUAUAGAUAUGAUGAAGAAUUGGUUGUACCAAUUAUAGAAAACACACCCUUUGAAGCUGAUUUGAAAGGUCGUAUGGAUGAGGUUAUAGAAGAUUAUCCAGAAACUUGCGCUGUUCUCGUUCGUAGACAUGGAAUUUAUGUUUGGGGUGACACAUGGCAACAAGCUAAAACAAUGACUGAAUCUUAUGAUUACCUUUUUGAUAUUGCCGUUCAAAUGCGAAGCAGUGGACUAGGUCAAGACUUUGAUGUAUUGGAUUCUUUAAUAAAAAGUACACAAGUUUAAUAAUUUAAUGACUUUGGGCAAGUACAAAGAAUAAGUGCCACAUUGCAAUAUCUGAAUUUUAUAUAAUUUAUAAACAAAUUUACAUUUUUUUACAAUUUUUGUAGAAAUUAUAAA